CUCUUGACAUCAGAAUUCCAUUUUUGUAUAUACACGUGUCUCCUCUGAUCCUGUGGAGAUGAAAAUUGACAUCCACACUCAUAUUCUACCAAAGGAAUGGCCUGAUCUAGAAAAGAGGUUCGGCUAUGGAGGCUGGGUGCAGCUCCAGCAGCAAGGCAAGGGAGAAGCAACGAUGAUGAAAGACGGGAAGGUCUUCAGAGUGGUCCAAAAGAACUGCUGGGACCCGGAAGUUCGUAUCAGAGAAAUGGACCAGAAAGGAGUGACGGUGCAGGCUCUCUCCACGGUUCCUGUCAUGUUUAGCUACUGGGCCAAACCUAAGGAUACUUUGGAGCUGUGCCAGUUUUUAAACAAUGACCUAGCUGCCACCGUUGCCAGAUACCCUCGAAGGUUUGUGGGUUUGGGGACGUUGCCUAUGCAAGCCCCGGAGCUGGCCGUUGAGGAGAUGGAGCGUUGCGUGAGGGAGCUAGGAUUUCCUGGAGUCCAGAUUGGCUCCCACAUCAACACGUGGGACUUGAACGACCCGGAACUCUUCCCUGUCUACACGGCGGCCGAGAGGCUGAACUGUUCUCUGUUCGUGCAUCCCUGGGAUAUGCAGAUGGAUGGACGAAUGGCCAAAUACUGGCUGCCUUGGCUCGUAGGAAUGCCAUCGGAGACCACCAUGGCCAUUUGCUCCAUGAUCAUGGGUGGGGUGUUUGAGAAGUUUCCCAAACUCAAAGUGUGUUUUGCACAUGGAGGUGGUGCUUUCCCCUUCACAGUGGGAAGAAUCGCCCAUGGAUUCAACGUGCGCCCAGAUCUCUGUGCCCAGGACAAUUCAUCUGACCCCAGGAAAUACCUUGGCUCCUUCUACACAGACUCCCUGGUUCACGAUCCUCGCUCUCUCAAGCUGUUGACAGAUGUCAUAGGAAAAGACAAAGUCAUCCUUGGAACUGAUUACCCAUUUCCACUAGGUGAGCAGGAGCCUGGGAAAUUGAUAGAGUCCAUGGGAGAAUUCGACGAAGAAACAAAGGAUAAACUCACAGCUGGCAAUGCCUUGGCUUUUUUGGGUCUUGAGAGAAAACUAUUUGAAUGUCAAAAUUAGCUACGAAAAAACCUUCCAAGAAGCUACAUCACUUCUGUCUCUGAACAUGAGUCACACACACAUCGCUAGAAUUUCAUUUUGAAUUAUGUUAACUCCAAAAUGGAAUAUCCUCCUCAGGACAAUGCAGGAGGAUCAGGAAUCCAAGUUCCAGGCCCGUUUGAGCUACUUGAGACUGUCUUUUAAAAAGGGGGGGUGAUGAAAAGGGGUAAUAUUCCCAAAUACUCUAACUUAUUAAAAACAAGAUGUUUCAUAAGAUUUCUAUUCCGAAAUGUAAUGUACUGAAAAGCAGUACAUUGCUACAUAUGCAAAUCAAAACUAUUUAAUUUGGAGAUUAAGAAUUAAUGUAUAAUUGAUGAUCUACAUAGAAAAUAAUCCAAUACCAGCCUUAUUCUAUAAGGCUCAGGUGGAUUCUUUAUUUUGAUCAAAGAAAUGGGAAUUGUGCCCAAAUAAUCUGUUUUUUCCUGUUGUAACCCUCUCCGAUAGUCUGGUCAUUCACUGGGAAUGUUUUUGUCUUUAUAAACUACACACAGGGUAUGCACAAACUCACACGUUCCAAAAGCCAGUUAAGAAAGCAAGGCUCAUGGAAUAAUUGCCGAGUGAUCCAACACAAAGCUCAAAAAUAUUUCAGUAAAAUGUGUUGUAGUCUCCCAGAAUCCAGCAGAUCUUAGAAGAUCGGCUGAGUACAGGAG